UAUUCGUCGGAGUGAUAUUUUUUUUAAUUUUGACCAUGACGAAACGGUGAAAGGAUGCAGUGUAGUGCUUAACCAUGCUAUAUGAAAUGAGACCAUGACGACCCAAGAACGAGUGAACAUCUUCGCUGAUGACGACGAGGACCUGCGCCCUCGGCAGCAAAGCCUGGGCGGGGUGCUGCGACGGGAGGGGAACUGGAAGUGUUUCCUGCUGACCCUCAUGAUCGUGGGCUGCCUCGCGUCUGUCGUGUGGUGCAGCACCGCCGAGAUCGACCGCGAGCUCAUCGACCUUAACACGUACCCUAUCAAGCGGACAGUGCGAGAGUCUCCUUGCGACGUGGGCUACGCGUACAUCCCCAUUGCGUUUGUGCUGCUCCUCUACCUGGUGUACCUGGUGGAGUGUUACCACAGCACAGCCCGGAUACAGCUGGCGAGGAGGGUCGAUGUUGCCGCCGUCAGCGCGAGAGUACAUGCCAUGAGGACGGCGACGCCGAGGGUGUGGUGGAAGGCAAUCUGCUACCACUACGUGCGUCGCAAGCGGCAGGUCACGAGGUACAGAAACGGCGACGCCUACACCACCACACAGGUAUACUACGAGCGAGUGAACACGCACAGCGCUAGCACGGCGUUUGCGCACGCGUGCUGCGGCCAGCGCGACGCCUCGAGGAACCUCGUGUUGGACUCCAAGACGCCCAUCACCAAGGUCCGGUUCAGCAAGGGAUUCGCCUUCGCCAAUAUUGAGGCAGCCAGCGAAUUUGAGGACCAGCGGUCGAGGUUUUUCGCGGAGCACGAGCGUUUCGACGAUUUCAUGGAGAUGAGGGAGGGGCUGGACCUCAUCGGAGUCAGCUCCUUCAAGGAGUACAUGGUGGCUUACAGGGAUGCAGACCGGUGUCCAUGGUACUCCUCGCAGCUGCUGUUCUGGACUCUCUCGUGUCUGCUGCUGUCCUGGCCGCUACGCAUCAUCAUAGAGUGUAACACAGCGUACGUCCAUUAUACGAUAACUAAAAUAUUCGGUACAAAUUACGAGCUGGAUCCCAGUCGGCAGUUGGACCUGGAGACGCAUCUGUCAGAUACCCUGCCUCCGGUACCAACGACGAACUACACCUGGGCUCUCCCGGAUGAGCAGAGCGCAGUGCUAUGCGCUUCAGCUCGCCCGCCCAGGACUCUCCCUCUGUCCCACGCUUCAACAGUAGACAGCCUCGAACUAUUCGCAGCUAUUAGAGGUAAUUGUGCUAUAGUGCCUUCAUACUCGGAAGCGAUGAGAAUCGACGCCGCGCUCCGCGAGGAGCCCGGAGAAAAUUCUAACACCGAAGCGUCCAAUUCAGAAACAGAGGAGCAGAGAUCCCGAACUACGGUCAAGGCGUUAUCCUUCGACGAACCACCGCGGAGGCCUAAAGUUACGAUAUCGAGCACGCACUCAAGUUACAGUAUAAGCAGCGCUAGGAACGAAGCCAAGCAGCAGAACAGGAGAUCAUGGGCGGGAGUUAUAUCAUCAGGACGCAGCGCGAGACAGAUCCUAGAAGAUUUCCGCAGCAACUCCGUCAAUUAUGAGCCGAUGCCUGAACCGAGGAGGAACGGGGAGUAUUACCUAUCCAGGGAGCUGUCUCCCACGUGCUCCAGAGAUCCGUUCGGAGGACGAGCGACUACCACUCCCACGGACGAGCCUCCUUCCUACGAGGAGGCACUAAAAUUGCCAGCGCUGAGAAAAUUGACGCGGUCCAUAACGGGCACCGAUUUCGGGGGGCCGCGGCGGGCGUUUUUGAAGGAUGUAGUGUCAAACAGGAGAUCAUGUUUAGAAGGCGUAGGUGUGCUGGCCGGCUCCAAAAUAAUAAGACUCCCCUACACCGACUCGGGCGAUGAGACGUCCCUAUAGCGCUUUAUGUUCCACAGACUUUUUAUGGUGCAAUAAAAUAUUUAUACAUCCAUAGGCUACGCUGUCUUUGUAGGACCAUUUGAAGUUAUAUAAAAAUAGAAAUUACUUUGGGCUUGGGGAUUAUUAUGGUCCCCGGAAAGCUUACCAAACUAUUAAUAUAGAUAUUAUAGUUAAAGGAAUUGAAUGUUCGGUUUGUUGACGUCCAACCUAUAAC